AUGACGGACGAGGCUGUUUUGUUGUCGCCCCACACCUCACCGUUAGUUGCGAAUGUCUGGCGAGUAACACAAAAGAUAGGCUCGGGCUCAUUCGGCGAAGUAUAUAUUGGUCUCAACGUCAAAGACGAUCGUGCGCUCCCUGUAGCCAUUAAGAUUGAGUCGUCGCGGAAGAGGAACCCACACCUCAUUUACGAGGCGAAGCUAAUGCAGCAACUAGAAGGUGGUGUUGGUGUGCCGGUGGUACAUUACUACGGGCAAGAGCAUGGGUUUAAUGUGAUGGUUCUGGAUCUGCUUGGGCCGUCGUUGGAGGAACUGUUUGACGAGUGUAACCGCAAGUUCAGUUUGAAGACCGCGUUGCAGUUGAUCGAGAUGAUGCUUUGCCGCAUUGAGUUCGUCCAUUCGAGGUUCAUAAUCCAUCGUGACAUCAAGCCUCACAAUUUUUUGAUGGGGCGUGGCAAGUUGGAUCGGUUAGUACAUAUAAUAGAUUUCGGAUUAGCUAAGAAGUAUCGGGAUCCGAAGACGUUGGAUCACAUUCCCUACAAGGAGGGGAAGACGUUAACAGGAACCGCCAGGUACGUAUCAAUCAAUACACAUGUUGGGAUUGAACAAGCACGACGCGACGACAUGGAAAGCUUAGCCUACGUAUUUAUCUAUUUCGUCCAAGGCCAGCUUCCGUGGCAGAGUCUCAAGGCGAGCACCAAGAAGGAAAAGUAUGACAAGAUUAAGGAAAUGAAAAUAUGCAAAGACGCCCAAAGCCUAUGUGUAGGGCUACCUAAAGAAUUUGCCGAUUAUCUGUCCUAUACUAGACUACUUAGAUUCACUGAACGACCGGAUUAUACCUACUGCAGAAGCCUAUUCCGGGACCUCUUCUUCCGGGAACAAUUCCCGAAUGACUUCCUCUUCGACUGGAGCCCAAUCAACAACGCACCCAGCGGGCGCCACCGACAAAAACAGACCGCUCAUCGGCGAGGCGCUGAGAACUACUUAACAGGACGCAGGACAUCAGCCGACUACUACAUCGUUCCCCCUACGGCGCACCGCCAAGUUAAGAUACGCAAGGACGAAGCCAUAUAUAAUAGCGAUAAUGAGUAUUAA